ACGAUGGAAGGAGGCGAGACUGUUAAAGUGUCGGUAGUGAUUGAUCCUAAACCUAACAUAAUACCAUGUUCGAACACAUUUACCGCCGAGGAGUUGUGCAUAUUAUUAUGUAAACAGUACAAAAUACCACCGCUAACCCGUACUUUAUUUGCGUUAAGAGUGAGAGGAAGAAAUUACUUUCUCAAAGAUAACACCCGUGUUUUAUCAAGCACAAGAGAUUAUGAACUAAGGAUUCGUUUUAAGGUGCCCAGAAUAGGACUUCUAAUAACAUUAGAUGAGACUACAUAUGACUACUAUUUUCAACAAGCAAGGAAUGAUGUUUAUGAAAACAAGAUACCUGAAGUCAAGUAUCCUGAGCAUAAGCCGGACCUGCUGGGCCUGGGUAUUACUGACAUGACACGAGCAGUUGUGGAGAAAAAUAUGACGCCUAAAGAAGUGGUAAAAAAUUACAAGAAAUUUAUACCAAAAGUAAUAGUAACGAAACAUGGGCCGUACCCGAAGAAAUACGCACACGAUUACCUGCCCAACCUAGUCUCCGUCGGAAACAGUGCAAACCGCGUGAAGAAGUUAUACCUCCAACAUUUGUACGGCUUGGCGCCGAACUACCUGGCGGAGGAGUUCGACGGCGUGCUCUGGCGAAAUGGCACCGACACGGUGCCCGUGCGCAUCGUCGUCACGCCCUUCCACCCUCAUGAACCGGGCAUUAGACUCUACAACACUGUUACUAGAAAGUGGUUUCACAUGUGCUCGAUAGAAGAAUUAAUUUAUUUAACGCGAAAUGGCGACCUUUGGUUAGAAGUUUCUAGAAGAGGAACUCCAUUAUUUUUUAAAUUCAAGUCGGAAGAGCAGUUGUCGUCGUUCAUCUCUGUUUGUGAUGGUUACUACAGGUUGAUGGUGAAAUGGAUUUUCAAUUUAUCUAAAGACGACGAGACUCCGUCUCUGAAGGAAUUACAAAGAAUAAAAUGCCACGGCCCUGUUGGCGGAGCAUUUUCGUAUCGAAAGUUAGAGGAGAAGAGAGCUAAGAAACACGGCAGUUAUAUUUUAAGACAGUGUCAGGACGAUUACAACCUAUAUUAUUUAGACGUUUGUACAAAAAAUAGCACGACAGAAACGUACCGAAUAGAAUACCAUGGCCACUGUUACACAUUCAACGAGCAGGAGUUCCACAGCAUCGAGAAGAUAAUCGAGUACCACCAGAACCCCGAUGGCAGGAUAUUUUUGAACGAGUGCAUACCGCCGUCAGAGUAUGACAAAUCACAGUUGCUAUUGUGUGGAGAACCACAAAAGAAGGGUGUGAGAAUUGACCAGGCAGAGUUACAGGAGAUAUUAAAAGAUAACAAGAGCCCCCGUUGCUUGCCAAGUAAAGACAUACUGCUUUAUACUGGUUCUGAAAAACUAGGCUCGGAAGGUUUAACGGCGACGUUUAAAGCGCUGUGGAGACUUGAUGAAACUAAAAAGUUAGUAGUAGCAUUCAAAACGCUACAAAGGGAGAAGACUAAUGACUACUUAAAGGAUUUCAUCGAGCUAGCAAGCAAAUGGGCGUGCGUGCAAUCCACUGCCAUCGUGCGUUUGUACGGGAUUACUCUGAGCUCGCCGACUGCCAUGGUGCUAGAGUAUCUGCCUUACGGACCCUUUGAUGACUACCUCAGGGAGCACGGAUCGACAGUGUCGGUGCUGAUGCUGAAGAAGGUGGCGGCGACGCUGGCCCGGGCGCUGUGGGACCUGAGCGAGGCGGGCGUGGUGCACGGCUCCGUGCGCUGCGCGCGCCUGCUGCUCGCCGCGCGCGACGCGCGCCUGCACGUCAAGCUCGCCGGCCCGUCGCUGCGGCGCUACACCGCGCAGGACGUUCACUGGAUCCCGGUGGAGUUGCACUCGGACAUGAGCCUGGCGCGCCGCUCGGUGGCCGCCGACAUCUGGGCGUUCGCCACCACGCUGUGGGAGGUGUUCUCCUACGGGCAGUCUCCCACCGACACUAACCCCGUCCUCACGGCGAGGAGCUACGAGAUGGGUGAGCGACUUAUGAGGCCCGCGCGGUGUCCGAGCGAGGUGUGGGCGCUGUUGCGGCCGUGCUGGCAGCCCGACCCGCCGCGCCCGCAAGCCAUCAUGCGGGACAUCAACCACAUGCUGCACGCCGAAUACGUACCUGUACAUCAAUAUGAAGAACCAAAGAUUUCUCUAGACAACAACAUGGACCACGCAGAUACUGUUUCAAGUGACAGAUUCAUUCCGAGUGAGAGCGACGCCGGCAGCAACAAAUCGUUGAUAUCGGAGGACAGCAGCGUGCAAUCUAUGAAUGGAACACUGUCAGAACAGUACAACAAUUCGUUCGGCGACAGCCUGCGCUUCAACUCGCUGGGGUCGCUGGGGCUGCCGUACGGGCUGCGCGGCGGCGCGUCGGCGCGCUCGCUGAGCUCGGCGGGCGGCGCGCCCGACGACGAGCUGCCCGGCGCGCAGCCGCGCCUCAUGGAGUCCAUCGUCAGCCAGGGCAAGACCUACCUCGUCACGCUCAACAGGAGGAUCGGCAGCGGUAACUACGGGCACGUGUUCAAGGGCGUGAUGGAGUGCGACAACCAGGAGUCGGACCGCAAGGAGGUGGCGGUGAAGAAGCUCACGCGCAACGCCGCCGAGCGCAACUCCACGCUCUACGAGGACUUCAAGAACGAGCUCGAGAUCAUGAAGUCUCUGGUCCACGUGAACAUCGUGGAGAUCCUCGGCUACUCGUGGGCGGGCGGCGACGUGCUCAUCGUCAUGGAGUACCUGGAGGAGGGCUCGCUCAACUACUACCUCAAGUUCCAGGGCGACAAGCUGCGCACCGCGCACCUGCUCAAGUACUGCCUCGACAUCGCUUCUGGCAUGGACCACGUGUCAUCAAAAGGAAUCGUGCACCGCGACCUGGCGACGCGUAACAUCCUCGUAGUGAACAAGUACCACGUGAAGAUCUCCGACUUCGGCCUCGCGCGGAUCUUGCCGCGGGAGGAGGAUAACUACCGGCUCAAGACGCUGAGGCUUCUGCCCGUCAACUGGUACGCCCCCGAGUCUGCCGUGAAGCCGUACAGUUUCUCGACGAAGAGCGACGUCUGGUCUUAUGGCGUGACGGCGUGGGAGAUAUUCACGCGCGCGGCCGUCGAAGUGCCCAAGUUCGACGACGAGCGCCCCCUGGAGAGAGCCUCUUGUUUCCCCAACCCGAAAGACUGCCCCUGGGAGCUAUACGAGCACCUCAUGAAGAUAUGUUGGAAGCUGGACCCCAAGCAGCGGCCGACGUUCAUCAACCUCGUGCACACCUGCAAGCGCUUCAUGGAAGAGUACAAAUGAGUUACUGCGCCAUACCUGCGCCGAAAAGGUAAAGAUUAAAUACAUAACAAACAUAGGGGUCGCCUAUUAGGAUGUACAUAUAACCAUAGGCAAUUGAACAAAUAGCACCCUCCAUGUUACAUUGAAUAAUUAUUAAAUGUUUUAAUUUAUUGCACAUCCAAAUAAGUUUUUUGUAAUGCAAUAUUUAAUACACGAUUAUUAUGCGUAACUCAACAGCAUUGUCACUGGCAUUGAACGUGAUAAACACUUUUAUUUAGUGGUGCUGUUUUCUGAUUGCGUAAGUGCUAAACGCCAAAGUUUGACAAUCGAGUGUCUAAAAUACAAUAUAUGGCUAUUACCAAAGAUAAUUUGAAAGAGAGGUGUAUUGUCAAAGUAAACUUUGUAUCCACAGUAAAUUUACUGCCAUCUUUCGACACAUUAUUCUUUCACUAUUAAAUUUGUUUAAUAUCAAAAAGUGGCGCCAUCGAACCGAGCAUAGCCCAAAGGUAUGGCGGCAUCUUUUCGAGCGAUGGCACCAUUGCUCGGUUUUAAUCAUGUGUCUAAAGAUGGCAGUAAAUUUACUGUGGCUACAAAGUUUACUUUUACAAUCCACCUCUUAUUCAAAUUCUCUUUGCUAUUACUUACGCGCACCCUUAUUUGUUUUACUUAACACAUCUAGUUCAGUUAUCUGUUGAGUAGGUCAGGUAGGUCAAGGAGAUUAAUGCGGCCGCCAUACUGACUACCGAACUAAUUGUAGUUGAGCAACAGCAGCACUUGAAUUUUUAUGUACAUAUAUGACAAAAUUUGCCUCACUUGCCAUUGGAAGAUCGGUGUUCUUAUUUUGAGUGUACGGGAGGAAACGUGCAAUAUGUAAAUAUGUUUGUUUUAUCAUAUAACCGCUCUAAUUUUAUAUUUUAACAUAACACAUUAAAUCAUCUUUUGGUUUGUUAGAUUCUGCUCUGAAGUCGUUAAGGACAGAAUCAGAAAUGAUGAUAUUGAAUGAAACGUCGUCUAAUGGACAAGUCGUAAAAGCUGUUGCUCACAAAAAUGACACAGCAACAGAACAGAAGCAGCUCACGCAAAAUUUGCUGCAAAUUACCGGAGAUAAAUCGAAAUUAUAGUGUUUUUUGUAAUUUGAAAAUAACGUAUUUCGUGUUAUUGUGUCACUUUCAUCAACGACUAAACGGGUAAAUCGUCUUUAUCAUGUAUGUUAUGUUGUAUUAUAUAUUGCAAUAAUGAUGCGAUCAUAUUUUAAAUCGCACAACGCGUGUUUUAAAUUAUACAAUUUCAUAAGUAAUGAUCAUAUUGUGGUUCCUGAAAGCAUUUUCAUCUGUAUCUUUUUCAUAGUUUCGUUUUAUACUUUGUAUAGUCUUAUUUAUUAGUAAGUGAUUUUACUCAAUUGUUUUAUUGAUUUAAUGAGAGAAAGUUGGUGAGAAAAUGGUUGCAAUAUAAUUUUAAUAUUUUAUAAGAUCUAAUUGUUAACAUAAUUUUAAUAUUGACUCUAGUAUGUAGUUUAUGGAUUGAUGGCUUAGUGCUUUCGCUGCUUUCGAUAUUGGUCAAGUUAAAGAAUAAUUAAUCGCACCGCACCUAUGCCUUAAUUCAGUGUGCAGAGUAGCCUACUUUUUGGUCUUUUCCCUACAAUUUCCACUUAAAAUGGAAUAAAGUCUAAUAAUUCAUUAUAAGCAACGAAAAAGAGUAUUCGUUAUCCAUCAUAUUGUCACCUUUAUUUAUUUUCAGUUGAAGGCAGAAGUAUUACGAGGCUAGGCCACGGUCGCUUCUACAAACUAACGUAGUCCGCAUUUUCCUCUCUGGAUAGGGACGGUGAAAAGGCCGUGGCCUAUCCUCUUAAAUAGCAAAAUCAACAACUGGACUGCAUUUGCCAAGUGUCAUGUGUAGUCUAAGGGAUUAAAACAAAACUUUUAUUGCAAAUGUGUAAUGUGUAUUUGUUUUGUUUAUAAUAGGUUAGGUAUUUACAAAUGAAAAUUGGCAGCCAGAAGGGCGAUUAUUGUUUUAUUAUAAUAAUCAUACCCCGGACAGACGGGAGCAAUUUAGGUUUGAUAAUAGUGCAAAGGCAAAUGAAAGUUGAAAAUCAAGCAGAUAUGUCUGCAUUAUUAUUUAACUUAUUAUUAUUCAUUUGACAUGAGACAUAUCUGCUUGAUUUUCAACUUUCAUUUGCCUUUGCAUAAUUGUCAAACCCUAAAUUGCUCGGUCUGUCCGGGGUACGAUAAUAAUAAACAAACAGCAAAAACACUCCAAAUGCGCAAACAUAGUAACGUAUACUUUGGUGUAAUAUCAAGUCAAAGCGUCACGAGAAAUGGAAUAGAAAUACCUGAUGCAUCUAAUGAGACGGACAUCUGUCAAUUUAUUCAUGAUUUUUCUAGGGAAGGCUAUGUAGCUCAGAUCGAAUCUUGCAUCUAAUAUGUUCUAUGUCUGUAAUCUAGUGUUGAAGCAGCAGAAAGUACCUAAAAUAAACAGGAAAUGUUUGCUUAAGAGCUUGGAUACUGUACAAAUUAUGUAAUUAUUGAACUACUAAGAAUACGUUAAUUAUUAAAUAGGUACGCAAUGUAUGUUUUGAGAAACUUAUUAUAGACUAGAACCCUCAGUACAGAGAAAUAAAAACGACAGGUAUAUUUUCAAUGGUAAUUGAAAUGAUAUUUAAAUAUGUUCUGGAAAUCAUUUAGAACAAAGGAUUAUUACAAAACCCCUACAAUCCGAGGAGCUUGUGUGCAAUUGUGUUUUAAAUGUUUUAAUGUUGAUGAAGAAAGUAUGCUAACACGAUUCAUUAGUAAACCCGCGACGUUCUAGUUUAUGAAAAGUUUCUUAUGUACUAUUAAAUUUUGCUAGUCCCAACUGUACUAGACAAAUCGCUGCAGUCAUCGUAAGAAUAAUUUUAACCACAUUUUACCCUCAUAGCGUGAUCAGUCUGAAUUUGCAUUUGCUAAGAAAACAAUCUCCGUUUACUGACUCCGUUGACUUACUUAUGUCGUGUAAAUUCAACUUUUAUCCUUAGAAAUAUUUUUGUUUUACGCAAAUACGCCGAAUCUGUACGUAAAAUCUGUACUGUAAGAUAUAGUAACGAUGAUGUUGCAGAAGUAAUUGCAAUUGUCUUAAUGAUGAAAUUGUCCCAGAAAUUAGCGAUGUAGCAAACGUCAGACUGGUCACACUAAAUAGAAAUAAUUAUACCAAAGAUGUUAUGAAAAGAUCAUUUAGUUACAAAUAUAGUUAGAACAAUUUAUUUUUAAAAUUAUAUUAAGUAUAUUUUUAGUACUAUAGUUUGCAAUGCUGCAAAUUGCUGAUGUCGUGGGAGUUAUUAUAUGUUAGAUAAGCUUUAAAAUGUAAUAUUUAACGUAAGUACGUUAUGUCGAAAAUUGUAUGACCUUCAUUGCAUUGGUCAACCAUUAAUUAUUGCAAAUUUUUAAAGUACUUUGAAAAUUGACAAAGUGUUAUCGGGAUUAUUUAGAAUUUUGAAGCAGAGACUGAAAUAAAAUUAACAACGGUGCUAAAAGUAGCGCAAUUUGGGCCUUAUAUACAUUGUUGAUCGUUUCGAGGUUUAGAGUCGAAGUAAAUGAAGACGCGGUAAAGAUCUUCGCGGGAGGGGAGGCGAUGUUCUUAUAUAACAAGUGAGCUAUAUUAUGAAUUUCUAAUAUAUUUGUUGGUAGUAAGUUGGAGAUAAAAAUGAGUUCGAACGAAUUACAUUCGAGCCUAACAUUAAUAAGGAUCGCUGUUAGGGACAACAGAAGCAGAAAGUCGCAGUGAAUCGAAUGCUUUUUUAAGGAUUUAAGAGAAGGGAACAAAAGAUCUCGUAGCCUUUAGUUGGGUUGAGCUGAUAUGGUCAUUAUUCGCUAGUAUAGCAAACGUUUUGAAAUAAUAACAGUUUUUAUCUACACACAUAUCAUAAACCCUCUAUGAUGCCUUCAAAAUCCGUAAAUAAUGGCCAACAUUACGAUAAACUGUUUUGUUACAACAAAUUUCUUAUCUGUGAUAAUAUAGUUAUAGCUUCAUAACUACAUCAAAAUCGAUUUGAUUAUGCAUUCAAAUUUGGAAUAUCUCUGAAAAAAAAAAGAAAUUCGAUUUGACCCCUAUUCUAAUAUGAGUCGAGAUGUCUUUUUGUUCGAAAUGAAAUGUCAAUUGCAUACAAUUUUGACAUAUCUCUCAUGUUACUUUGUAUCGAAUAAUACGGAAAUAGGCCCCCGACUCUAGUUUGUCUCUGAAUUAAAAAAAAACUAUAUGUGUAAAAAAUUUCAUUUACCGUCUUUUCACGUACAGUUUAUCUUUUAAUUAGUUUUAAGUAUAACAUGAAUAUGUUUUGUUGUUUUUAAGGUGACUAUAGCAAAAAUUUCGUGUAAAAUAAGCGAUAAAAAUAUUUCGUUGACGCCACCACAUAUCCGCGAGUUCCGCCAAGGGAGCAACGAUUUGGCAAGGGCAUCGUAACGGAGGCUGUAAUUUGGGUUUGUGAAUAUUUCAUAGAAAGUUUAUAAUACAUAUGUGUGUAGAUAAAAUAGUGUAUGUAACUGUACAUAAUUAGGCAUUAAAACACUCGUGUGAUCUUUUUAAGAAACUUACUUCGUUUCUCAAACACACACUCGUGUAUUUUAAUGCCUUUUAUUAUGUAGCAGUCACAUAAACUACUACUUAUUAGAGUUCUUCAAGAUCUUACAUAAUUGUGAUAAUUUCAUUAAAGGUUGUAGGCAUUUUCAAAGCAAGCUUAUGUCAGAUGGACUCUUAUUUCAAGAACGGCAUUUUCGACAUAGCAAUAAACAUGAAUAUGUCUACCCUUCAAAUAAAGUAGCUGAAAAUUGGAAUACGGCAAUAAAAUAGCGUCGUACGUAUAACACCGCUUCAUUUUGAACUUUACUAGAAUAUAAAAGUAAAAGGUACAUUUGUUUAAUAUUUUUGCUACAACAUUUUGUUCCUUUUUAUUGCUACGUUGAUGCUUCCAGAAAUUUAAAUAGAUAUAUGUGUACAAUGUAUACAUAGUUAUGUUUGAGAAAUAUGCGAAUGUAUCGAGAUAUUAGUUCAAUGGAAACCACUGUUUAAAACUAAAUUUGUCAAUUAAAUGCUGAAUCGAAAUCGAAAAAUUUUGUGAACUCCGUUAAGUGUUUAUAAUAUAUAUAGUGUCCAAUGAAAUAACUACCUAAAUGUACUUGUAAAUACGUAACUCUGUCUUUUGGCCGUUGAAUCAAGCAAGCGUUUUGUAUUAGGUAUAUUUUGAAAUUUAAUAAUACGCGUAAAGUUCGUUAUUUGUUAAGUGAUAAUGAUAAGAAGGUGAUGAAUUUUCUUUCAGUGUAAAAUAACAUAGAAGAAAUUGAGUAAAAAAAAUAUGACUACCUACCGUGGUGUGGUACUACCUUACUGUGAAUCUCAUACCUAAUUUCAAAUGUGUUUUGUAGUGACAUUUUGUAACAAAUGAUUUCACAUGGUAUACUAUCAACUAUUUUAUAGCCUAUUUUCAACUCUUACUGACGUAUUAAAUAUUCGAACUUUGCUUUGUUUUUAUAUCCUUUAUAAUAAAAUAACAGUUAUAUUGACCAAUUUAUUACUCCCGCUUUUUAUUAAUUUUGUACUAAACUUGUUUCGAGAAAUGCAAUCGAUUUGUUAUUUUAGUAUAUUAUUAUGGAAAAUAAAUACAUGGUUUAAAGCUCAUGUUUAGAGUUGCUAAUCCGAGAGAUCCCAAAUAGGCGCAGGCGGCGGUAUAAAGUGAUUAUCAGAAUUCAAUACAAGAUUACUGCGUAAACUGACAUUAAUAUUGAGAUUACCGCGUUAUCGUAUAUAUUUUAGUUUUUGUGUCAUUUUAAUUCUGGUCACGAGAAUUGGUAUUAUUUGGGAUAUACCUAAAUGAACGCAUAGUAGUGACAGCGCUCUGAACUCUUACUUUCCUUUGCAUGCCGGCUUGCCGGAAGAGCGUCAAGGUAAGUAGAAACCUGAGGGCCUACCGCGAACAACGUUCGACGUGUUGCCUCUCUGUCGCACUUGUAAAUUCGUACGUAAGCGUGACAGGGAGGCAAGCGAGGCAACACGUCGAACGUGGUUCGCGGUAGGCCCUCUGAUGUUUUCUACGCAGUGGGUAAGUACCUAAAAGGCUUCCUGUAUGCGGUAUUUCGCUUGAUUCUCAUCGGAUCUCUCAUUGUCAUUGUGAAAUUUUACUUACAACAUUCAAUUAUAUCUUAUUUAAAUACCUAUAUUUUGCAAAUCAUCUUUAUAUGGAUUUCAUUAUAAAUGUACUUUUAUUGUGACUGUUAUUGAAUGCGCCACGCGGAAUGAAUUUCGGUUUGUUUAAAUAGGUGACAAAUCAUUAUAAUUAUGGAUAUAAGAAUAAUUAUGAUAAUAUGAAUUGUGUAUACAACAAUUGACCCAUUGGAUGCAAAACGACUUGCUUUGUACACUGUAAUUUAUUCGUAAUUAUUUAUAGCUUGUAUAUCUAUUAGAUAUUGUUGUUUUACACUGAGUGAAAUUGCACCACCUUUGUUAUUUGCCAUACAUUUAAAAAUAAAUAUAUUAAUUAUUAGUA